UUUGUCGUUUCAAGGACGGAGCGGCUGGCUCGAAACAUCAUGGACGACCUGGGCGACCACGACAUCGUGGUGCUGUGCGUGCUGAAAGGAGGCUACCAGUUCUGCGCCGACCUGGUGGACAGGAUCAAAGCUCUCAGCUGCAACUCCGACCACACGAUUCCCAUGAGAGUUCACUUCAUCCGCCUCAAGAGUUACCUGAAUGACCAAUCGACCGAAGAUCUUCACAUUCUUGGAGCAGAAGAUCUGUCCUUUUUAUCUGGAAAGGUAAUUUUUGUUUUUAUUUAAAUAAAAAGAUAAAUAAAGACUAUCCACUAUCACAUAUAGUCAGAUGUCCUGCCUAACCUUUGC